AUGUAUUAUUUGCUCAAGUGUGAAGGGAAUUGCGAAGAUUCUAGGAUAGUGAAAGGUGGGAGGAAAGAUGUUAUACGAUGUACUGAAGUGCAGAAAAUGAGAGUUGAAAUGGCCGCCAUGAAGAGGGAGGCUGAGUACUAUUCGCAUCAGGGUAUGAUAAAUUUUCAAUUUGGCAUUUACUCAAGCAUCACCUUAUACACCUGCCUGUCACAGGAACAUAUGGAGCUAGAGAAGCACUACCGCGAACUAACUGACCUAUUGUACUACAAGCAAACUCAGUUAGAAGCCAUGGCUAGUGAAAAAGCAGCUGCAGAGUUUCAGUUGGAGAAGGAAGUAAAACGUCUUCAAGAAGCACGGAUUGAGGCAGAGAGAAGUAGAGCUUCCCGUCGAACAUCUUCAUCUUGGGAACAAGACACUGAAAUGAAGGAACUAGAGCCCCUUCCCUUGUAUCACCGUCACAUGGUUGGGGCAAGUAUACAGUUGCAAAAGGCAGCAAAACUAUUGGAUUCAGGAGCUGCCAGAGCCACAAGAUUUUUAUGGCGGUAUCCAACUGCUAGACUUAGUUUGCUUUUCUAUCUGGUAUUUGUGCAUCUUUUCUUGAUGUAUUUGUUGCAUCACCUUCAGGAACAAGCAGACAGUUUUUCUGCUAGAGAAGUUGCUGAAUCUAUGGGUCUCGCUAACCACACUUUACCAUAA